CACUCCUUCCACUUCAUUUCUAAGUUUAACCUCUCAGAAUCGCUUAAACUCAAAAUUCAAUUAACUUAAUUCAAAAAUUCAAAAAUGUGUACCUUAGAAAAGAAAGGCAACAUCUUCAUCCUAACACUAACCGGAACCACCGACCACCUCCUCAACCCCACACUUCUCACCUCCAUCAAAUCCGCCCUCCACCGCGUCCGUCAAGAAGCCACCACUUCCUCCGCUCUCAUAACCACCGCACACGGAAAAUUCUUCUGCAACGGCUACGACAUCGACUGGGCACAAUCCAUCACCGACCGCAUAGUCCUCAUCGACGAUCUCCUCCGUUCCGUCAUCUCCGAUCUACUAACUCUCCCCAUGCCUACUAUCGCCGCUGUCACCGGUCACGCUUGCGCCGCCGGUUACAUCCUCGCACUCGCUCACGACUACGUCUUGAUGCGAUCGGAUAGAGGCUUUCUCUACAUGAGUGAGCUUGACAUCGAUCAUGUUCUUCCGGAAUACUUUAUCGCUAUUGUUGAGGCUAAAGUUGGUGACGCGGUGGCUCGUCGGAGGAUCGUGAUGCAGGCGGAGAAGUUAGGUGCUAAGGAGGCGGUGAGGUUGGGGAUUAUCGACUCGGCGCAUGAUAGCGCGGAGGAGACGGUUAAGGCGGCGGUUAGUUUGGGCGGGGAUUUGGUGAAGCGUGGAUGGAAUGGACACGUGUAUGCUGAUAAUAGGAAGAAGUUUUUGAGUAACGUGAUUCGGGCCGUUGAAGAUAAAAGUGAGAGAGCCAUUGAGUCCAAGCUUUAGUAUUUUGGGCUUUUUUGUUGGGCUUUGUUUACUUCACUAUGUUUGGGCUUAUGUAUACUGUGAUCAAUCAUAUCGUGAAAAAUAAAAAUAAAGGAAUAACUCUUUUUUAUAAAAUAUAAUACUAUCUGAUUUAUAAUUUUCAUCAAAUUCACAAUUUCAACAAACAACUAGUUCUAUCAAAUUAAAGUCAUUAAACUAAUUAGCCUAAUAAAAGAGAGA